GUGGGUGAGGAAUGCUGUCUGAUCUUAUGUUUUUUACUUUCACUCCCGCAUAGACAUAGAAAUACAGAUUGUGAGUUAAUUGACAGACUGCAAUACAUUCAAGAGACUGCUCCGGUCUGGGAAUGCCACACAAUGACAAAGCAGAGGGCAGGAAAGGCCACGAAGGUGACGGCCAGAAAACACAACUAGAGAAGUUCUCAGGUGGGGUCAGGUCAAGAGGGUCUAUGUUCACGCCCACACAUGCUCAGUCUGCUCACAUAUCACAGAGUGUCAGCAUCAAGGUCCAUAAGCAGCCCCUGCAGCUGAGGCCAAACAGACCUACAGUUCUGCGGAAAGGAUACCAGCUGCUGCCCCAAGAUCUGUCUUUGUCCACGGAACGUUCAGGUGACGCUCAUUGUCAAGGCAGAUCAAACCACAGCUCCCCUCACUGGCCUGACUCCUCUUGCCAAAAUAAAGGUCCUCCCCCUGACACACAGGCAGCAGCCAGCACACAAGGCAGCCCUGAGCAAAGCCUCACCAGCGGUGGUUCUGAGGCAGCCUCUGAGAACUCUCUGUUUGUUAAGGGCAUCUGUAGAUGGCCAGGUUGCAACCAGAAACUUGAGGAACCUUCCUAUUUCUCAAGACAUCUCUGCCCUGAGCAUGGUACUGGGGACAAGAGCUUGGCGGAGUUGAGGGGCCAGAGAGAGCGGGUCCAGUGCCUGGAGAAACAGCUGGCUUUAGAGAGAAAGAAAAUGCAGGAAAUGCGCUUCCAUCUGCAUCUGUCGGACCACGGAGACACUGCUGAGAAUGAGGGGUUGGAGAUGAGCCUUGGGGACCCUCUGAGGGUUCCACAGUUCAUGCUCCCAAACGGGGGCAUUCCGGGCGCCAUGGUGACGCCAAGCGAUGUGCUGACCACCAGCUACCUGCACAUCCCUGCCUCACAGUUUUUGCCAGGUGUUAUGUCCUCCAUUGACUGCUACAAGAACAACAACAUCAGGCCUCCUUAUACAUAUGCUGCCAUGAUCAGAUGCGCCAUACUAGAUUCUCCAGAGAAGCAACUGGCCCUUAAUGAGAUCUACCAGUGGUUCAUGAACAUGUUUCACUACUUCAGAUAUAACACCGCCACAUGGAAGAAUGCUGUGAGACACAACCUCAGCCUGCACAAGUGCUUUGUGCGCGUGGAGGGAGUGAAGGGCUCUGUGUGGACGGUGGAUGACGCAGAGUUCAUGAGGAGAAAAGGACAGAAGAUUCACAGGAAUCAGGACUUCAACUUGGUGACCCCCUAUUUCUUUUACGCUCAGUGAUGAAGUCAUGUGCGUCGCAGUCACACACACACAAACACACAGAGAGAGAGAGAGAGAGAGAGGAGAGAGAGAGAGACUUUCAGCUGUCAUUGUCUGUCUCCAACAGGCAAUGGAUGGUUGAUCAUACAUGGUCACAUUUAUGCCUUCAUUUUGAAAGCACAGAUACCUCAGUUUAUGUUAAUAAUAUUGCUAAAAUUAUAUUAACGCAGUGUGGAUUUCUUUACUACUUUAUUUGCGCUUUUCUCAUAUCCUGAAUGUGCGCUGAUUAUCAGUAGGCUAUCAUGUUAAGUUGA